AUGACUGUUUCCAACAAAGCCACUGUGACCCUUCAACCCAACUGGCUUCAGAUAUUCAGUGGUGAGAAGAUGACUCUGAGAUGUGAGAUCCAGGGAGGUGGAGACACUGGGUGGACAUAUGAAUGGAGUACACCCAGCGGAUACGCACGUCCAGCAGGAAAAGAUUACAUUAUUAGCAGGGCUGCUGAGUACAACAGUGGAGAAUACAGAUGUAUGGGUAGAAGAGGCUCCUAUUCCUCAACACAGUGGAGUGAUGUCAUCACAUUGACAGUCUUGUCAUCCAGACCACGGGCCAGACUGAGUGCUGACAAUGAAGACAUUCCUGUAGGGGGCAGUGUGACCCUGACCUGCUCUGUGAACCCAUCAUCAUCAUCAUCAUCAUCUGGUUGGACAUACUUCUGGUACAGAGGAGAGGAGUCUCUGAGCUCACAAGAUGAUGUCUUCCUCUCAAAUGGACAAAUCAGUGUCUCACAGGGAGGACUCUACCGGUGCAGAGGAGGAAGAGGAGACCCUGUUUACUACACAGAGUACAGUGAUUCAAUCCGUAUCAACAAAAUAACAUCCAGACCAUGGGCCAGACUGACUGCUGACAAUGAAGACAUUCCUGUAGGGGGCAGUGUGACCCUGACCUGCUCUGUGAACCCAUCAUCAUCAUCAUCAUCAUCAUCUGGUUGGACAUACUUCUGGUACAGAGGAGAGGAGCCUCUGACCUCACAAGAUUAUAUCUUCCUCUCAAAUGGAAAAAUCCGUGUCUCACAGGAAGGACUCUACUGGUGCAGAGGAGGAAGAGGGGACCCUGUUUACUACACAGAGUACAGUGAUUCAAUCCCCAUCAAUGAAACAAUCACAAACAGAGCUGUUAUGACUCUGCAUCCCAACUGGCCUGAGAUAUGCUUUGGAGAGAUGAUUAGACUGACAUGUGAAAUUAAGAACAGAGGAGACUCCAAUGAGUGGGAGUAUGAGUGGAAACACCGCUCAAACACACUUAAGAAACAAAGCGAACACAUGAUUGGAUAUGCAUCAACAUGAGACAGAGGAGACUACAAGUGCAGGGGCAGAGUGAGAGGUGAAAUGUCUUCAACAGAGUGGAGUGAUGCUUUCAGAUUGAGAGUAUCUUCCAAUAAACCUCAGCCUGUCCUCACUGUGUCUCCAUUAUGGCUGAGUCCUGGAGCCUCAGUAACUCUGAACUGCAGUGUUAAACAUCCAUCUGCAGGAUGGAGGUUCUUCUGGUAUAAGGCUGUUCCCAAACUGUCAGACAACUCCUACAGCUAUGAGCUGAUACCUGGCAGCAUCAAUGGGACUGAACAGGAUUCCUACAUUGUUGAUGGACAGACACACACAGCAGGAUAUGUGUGCAGAGCUGGAAGAGGAGAUCCAGUGUAUUAUACUCAUUACAGUGAACCUAAGUUUGUCUGGUCUGGAGAUGUUCAGUCAUCUGCGUCUCUCAUGGUGAGUCCAGACAGAGUUCAACACUUCACCUCUGACUCUGUGUCACUGAACUGUGAAGGAAACUCUACUGAGUGGAGAGUGAAGAAGUUAACUGAAUCUGGCAACAUAUUAUUCUGCCAAAACUGGGGGACAAUGACUGGAUCCACAUGCAGCAUAGAGCGUUACUGGCCCAGUAAUGCAGUGUACUGGUGUGAGUCUGGAUCAGGAGAGUUCAGCAACGCAGUCAACAUCACUAUAUCAAGUAACCGUAUUAUCCUGGUGAGCCCUGUCCAUCCUGUGACCGAAGGAGAUUCUGUUAGUCUUAGCUGCGAAUUAAGAAGCCAAACAUUUGCUUCCAAGGUGUUUUUCUAUCGAAAUGACAAACUCAUUCAAAAUGACACCAGAAGGGAGCUAAAUAUCUCUGCAGUGUCAAAGUCAGAUGAAGGCUUUUACAAGUGUAAAUACUCAACAGGAGUGUCAGCACAGAGUUGGAUGUCAGUUGAAGCCUCCAGGCCUGAAAGCUCCUCAUUUCCUGUACCGAUGAUUAUCCGGCUGGUUUUUGGAAUUGUAGUUGUUAUUCUUCUGCCCCUUUUGUAUUGCUUCACACCGUCCAAAGAUUCAUGCUUUAUCAGGGCAGUCCAGUCUGAGAGCACCAAUCGGGGUUCUGCUACAGGUCACAUGGUCAACCAGAAUGAGGCUCAACAGAAUGAAGAUCCCUCUCCUCUCCGUGGUGACGCUCGUCUCUAUGAAUCAAUUAAAGGCUCUGACGACACUGAUAAUGAUACAGCUGAAUCCCAGGAUGCCACCUAUUCAUUGAUUGAACUUAAAAACACUGGAAAGACGGGGAAAUGCCAUGAACCAGAGGAGAGUUGUCUUUACUCUGAUGUGAAUAUAGGAACUGCAGAAAAAUCAACUGCACCAGAUUCCUACAUUGUUGAUGGACAGACACACACAGCAGGAUAUGUGUGCAGAGCUGGAAGAGGAGAUCCAGUGUAUUAUACUCAUUACAGUGAACCUAAGUUUGUCUGGUCUGGAGAUGUUCAGUCAUCUGCGUCUCUCAUGGUGAGUCCAGACAGAGUUCAACACUUCACCUCUGACUCUGUAUCACUGAACUGUGAAGGAAACUCUACUGAGUGGAGAGUGAAGUUAACUGAAUCUGGCAACAUAUUAUUCUGCCAAAACUGGGGGACAAUGACUGGAUCCACAUGCAGCAUAGAGCGUUACCGGUCCAGUAAUGCAGUGUACUGGUGUGAGUCUGGAUCAGGAGAGUUCAGCAACGCAGUCAACAUCACUAUAUCAAGUAACCAUAUUAUCCUGGUGAGCCCUGUCCAUCCUGUGACCGAAGGAGAUUCUGUUAGUCUUAUCUGCAGAAUAAAAAGAAAAACAUUUGCUUCCAAGGUGUUUUUCUAUCAAAAUGGCAAACUCAUUCAAAAUGAUACCAGAAGGGAGCUAAAUAUCUCUGCAGUGUCAAAGUCAGAUGAAGGCUUUUACAAGUGUGAAUACUCACAAAAAGUGUCAGCACAGAGUUGGAUGUCAGUUAAGGGAGCCUCCAGGCCUGAAAGCUCUUCAUCUCCUGUACUGAUGAUUAUUGGGCUGGUUUUUGGAAUUGUACUUGUUAUUCUUCUGCUCCUUUUGUAUCGCUACAGACGGUCCAAAGAUUCAUGCUUUAUCAGCAAAGGAAUAUUUACAUAA